AUGAGCAUAACAAUCACCCGAAGUGAUCGAGUGAUGAGCGAAUAUCGAGGCGAAAUUCCACUGUACAGUCCAUCGUGGGUUAUUUUCACGCCGAAUUUGAUUGUGGAUGCGAGUAUCGGAAUAUUCUCAACCAUAUCGAUGUAUCCUGAAUCUGCAGAAAGCUCAUUCGUCAACCAGUUAUUCGCGACAAUCGUUGAACCGUACGCACAACGACUUAUAGCACCUCUCAAGUAUAACGAAGGUAUCAAUAAGUACACUCUAGUGGCAGAUGCCUACGAGCCAUUGGUAAUCGACCAGUCGGAUAUGUUCCGAGGGGUGUUUCUGCCAGCAAAUGAGAGUGCCACAAUAGACAAGCAGCAGUUCAUACAGACAAUGCUUCAUUAUUUGUUGUGCUUGCAAGAGAAUAACAUCGAUGUCGAGCCAUAUUUUCUGAACGAAAUCUUAGUGCCAACAAUGGUGAAUGCAGGUGAGCUGAAUCGAUUGCAGCAACUGCUUCAUUAUCGGGUUAUUCCGGACGCGAAACAGUUAGUACGUGCUUUUGAUAUCAUUGCCGUGCUUUCAAAUACCAUUGGCUAUAAGAGAAGCUACAGUGAGUUAAUUGGUUUUGUUAAUCGCAAGGCAUUCCAAUUGUUAUCAUAUGAAGCAAAGCAUGCACCACUGAUACAAUUGGCAGUUGAUAUGCUAGCACGAUUGGGCACAGCUGCGGAGGAAAUUGUGGAGGUGCUUCUGUCGAGGGGUCAGCUGAUUGACGCUAUCAGGUUUUUGGAUAGUUUAUCGCCAUCUGAGAAAGUGAAUAGUAUGAAGUUGAUUGAACACGCUUGGAAACAGAAUCGUCAAAUUCGUUUCGCCGUAUUUUCCUAUUUUCAAAAUCAUACAACCAGAUCAACAUAUAACAACUUCACUAACUCUGAACAAUAUGAUGAUUAUUUGCGGCGAUUCAAAACACUUUUCACCAACGAUGAGUUGGAAGUGGCGAAGCGAGAUUCGCAAUUCGGUGUUGUUGUUCCCGAGUGA